AUGUACAAACAGACUGUUUUCACCACCAUUACGCCCCUCCCCUCAUACAUCACCCGAGAUAUGGUCGUGGAGACAUUGCAUAAUCAUAAGGAGAUGAUAGAGCUGAAUCCUCUGGUCAUCAAUUUCGCCAAAUGCAAAGCUCCCGGUUUCGCGCCCGCAGACGAGUUCCACUCCGUUUGGUACGAAUUGACCGAUAGAAUCUCCUAUCUACCCGGAGGGAUUCUUCACGGCAAUGUCAGCUACAAAGGUUGUUUCCAUGAUCUUCCACGCGGCCUACAAACGCAUGUCUACGCACCGACGGGGCUCGAUAUUCGGGACAAAUGGAGUGUAUGCGGGAAUAUGCCGGGCGAACCUCGCGAGACCGUCGAGCUGGGCUUGCCAGAUGCCCCUCGAGAGGGCUUGUACCUGCGCGAGGACAUCCAGAUGCGAUGUCAAAUCUGGGCCACGAGCUUUGUCAAAAAGACCUUGAAGAAAGCACAUGCAACGCUGGUCGAUCGACUCGUCAUGAAAGCAAACCUUCUGAAAGAACGUGCAGAAAGGAACUCUAUCUCCUUGAGUUCUCCGACCUCAGAUUCUUCGCAUAGAUUUUCAGUAGCGUCCACUGAAUUACCAGUGCCGGAGUAUGGUCAAACAGUACAUUCGCUCCGUGAAAAAUGGCAGCAAGAUCAUGGACCGAAUCGUGCGACAAAUAUGCAAACCCCCUUCCCAUCAGCCGAGCUUCCUGGGUCAUUACGACCUGGACAACUAUCGGGCCCGUUACCUGGGUCUCGGCCAAUGAUGACAACACCGGAAAUCCAAAUUAAUGGCGUGUCUGAAUCCAAUAUGUCGGCACAGCGGACAGGGGUAUCCCAGAAUGAAGAGAGGAACUCGCGCCGAUCGUCUUAUCACGGCAAGAGUGUAUAUGAAUUGGAAUAG